CCUAGCUCCUCCCGACACUUCGGUACGAUGUUGCCCAACUCUACCAACAGUUCUGUUCCCCCUGCCAACGGUUCUGUUCCCCCGUGCCCCGACUACCGGCCCACCCACCGCCUGCACAUGGUGGCCUACAGCCUGGUGCUGGCCGCAGGGCUCCCCCUCAACGCGCUGGCCCUCUGGGUCUUCCUGCGCGCGCUGCGCGUGCACUCCGUCGUGAGCGUGUACAUGUGCAACCUGGCGGCCAGCGACCUGCUCUUCACCCUCUCGCUGCCCGUGCGCAUCUCCUACUACGCCCUGCACUACUGGCCCUUCUCCGACCUCCUGUGCCAGACAGCGGGCGCCAUCUUCCAGACGAACAUGUACGGCAGCUGCAUCUUCCUGACUCUCAUCAACGUGGACCGCUACGCGGCCAUCGUGCACCCGCUGCGGCUGCGCCACCUGCGGCGGCCCCGCGUGGCGCGGCUGCUCUGCCUGGGAGUGUGGGCGCUCAUCCUCGUGUUCGCCGUGCCCACCGUCCUGGUGCACAGGCCCUCGUCCUGCAGCUACGGCGGCGGCCAGGUGCGCCUGUGCUUCGAGAGCUUCGGCGACAGGCUGUGGAAGGGCGGGCUGCUGCCGCUCGUGCUGCUGGCCGAGGCGCUGGGCUUCCUGCUGCCCCUGGUGGCGGUGCUCUACUCGUCGGGCCGGGUCUUCUGGACCCUGGCGCGGCCCGACGCCACGCAGAGCCAGCGGCGGCGGAAGACCGUGCGCCUCCUGCUGGCCAACCUCGUCAUCUUCCUGCUGUGCUUCGUGCCCUACAACGCCACGCUGGCGGUGUACGGGCUGCUGCGGGGCAACCUGGUGGCGGCGAACAGCAAGGUCUGCGAUCGGGUGCGCGGGGUGCUGAUGGUGAUGGUGCUGUUGGCCGGCGCCAACUGCGUGCUAGACCCUCUGGUGUAUUACUUCAGCGCCGAGGGUUUCCGCAACACCCUGCGAGGCCUGGGCACUCCGAACCGCGCCAGGACCUUGGCCACCAACGGGGCUCAGGGGGCGCUCGCCGAACAGCCCACUGAGACCACUUGCAUCACCACCCCGGCUACCGCCGAACAGGGGCUGCUCAGGCCCUCCAACGUGGGGACACCCUUAACCCAGCUCCCCGAGGAUUCGGCCCUCUGACAGCACAUCAUGCCAUCACUCUGUCACCCCCACCUCUCACCCCCUCGCCGCUGACAUGCAUUAGGGUGUGUACACGAGGGAAGUGGAUUGGGCACUUGGGACUUCUGGAAGGCAACUCCCGCCCAGAAAUGCAGAAAAGAACAAAGUGUGGGGAGCCUGGGAAGGAGGAGCGCUGUGCUAAUGGCCUUCUUUAAUUUGGUGGUGAUGGUGAGCCUGAGGCGGACCCCUUCCCCAGUCCCUAGGAAGUGAAGCUGUGAGCUUUCCCAAUGCAGAGGCAGAUGACUGGAUGGCAUGCCCUUGGCGUGGUCAUGAAACACUCUUGAGAGCUGGGAGAUGGAGCAGAAAGUGGGUGUCCUGGAUUUACAGCCAUCACAGUAGUCUUAGGACCUCAGGUGCCACCCACCCUCAUUUCCACCUGGGCUUCCCUUGCCCAGAACUUCCCUUGCCGAGUAAACUCAACGAUACGGAGUUUAAUGGAUACAGACAGAAUUGGUUUCCUUGUUGGUUAGUGACUUGUAACAAUUUGGACCUGGCACCCAAAGUGGGGUGGUUGGGGGCAGGACAAAACUGUGUGUUGGAGGGUAUUUUUUUCCCCAGAUCCAGUCCCUGUAGCCCUUUUCACCUGUCUCUGUCCACUCCACACCGCUUUUGAGACUGCCUCCACUCUAGGUCCUAAAUUCUCUCUCUCUGCCUCUGGUGCAUCAUCUAGAAUUAAGGAGAAAAUUCUUUGUACUAAAGUAGCAGUUCUUAAACUUUGUUCCCAGACCCUUUAACAACUCAAGGAUUCCAAAGGGCUUUUGCUUGCACUUUAUUCUUUUGAGACUUAACCAUAACAGAAAUUAGAACUCACGAGUGUUAACGACAGAAACACACAAGCACACUUUCCAUUAGCUGUGAGAGCAAUAAUGUCAUCACAUUUCAUGAAGCCUCUGGAAAACUCCACUGUAUACCUGUGAGAGAUGAGAAUGCAAAGAACAAAUGACAUGGUGGGAGAAGCAGGAUUCCAAAAAUAACUUUGACCUUGUGGACAUCCUUAAAGAGCCAGUAUUAGAGCUCACGUGUAACUUCUUCCCAGGGCAUAUACAUACAUUAUUUUUUAUUACUACCAGGGACAGGGCAAUACUUGGGCAAAUCAAUUGCUAAUUGUAGUCCAGAAGGCUUGAGGGUUUGCAGGGGGUAGGUGGGAGUUGCACACCCAGUGUAACACCACCCUGGACUUCCUGGAGUGGCAGCCCUGAGGUGGGGGUGAACUAGUCACACAAACACUCUGAGGAGGGGCAGGGCUCCUCUCUCCCUGGGAAGGGAAAAAGGAACUAUUGCCACAGCCAGGAAAGAACUUUCCAGCGAAAAAAGAGUGCAAUGGGAGGACAGGAAUAGGCUGGCUGUUCUUUGCAAGCUGGAGGCAAGGGACAUGGAAGACUGGUUCAUGGGCCACCUACUGUUUUCUUCCCUCUUUACAGGAGUUGGGCUGGGAGGGGUUGCAGAGUUGGCAUCUUGAGACUCUGUGUAACUGAGGAAGUUGCUGCCAUGCGUGUGUCCUGUAUGCAUUUCUGUCUCUGUGUCUCUCAAUGAUGUAUGUUUCUGUGUGUGGGAGGGGGGAAAGAGAGACGGAGAGAGAGAGAUAGAAAGAGAUUGAGAGAGACAGAAAGACAGUGUCAGGGUUUUCCUGUGUGUGUCUCUGUGUGUUUUAGUUUGGAGCAAGCCUUUUGUGUGUCUUUAAGCGAGUGCUUCAGAUGGUGAUUUACAGGGGUAAAAUGACCCCUGGUGGCCAAAGCAGAGAAGUGACCCAGAUUCCUCAGUGAUAGCUUUCAAGUAGAGCCUUCCACCAUCAGGUGCGAAGAUACAGCCCUGGACCAGGCCCUCUGGUUGCUCUAGAAGAGGCCUGAUGGUUAGCACCUGACUCAUCUUGCUUCAUCCUUAGGGCUCAAGACCCAUGCCCUCCCAGCCCUGGGAGCAUCACACGUGGUUGUAUUCCAAAGUCUCAGAACUUUGCCCUACCCAACCGAACUGGAUUGAACACAGUUGUUAAAAAUUACUUGAGUAUUUUUAUAUUCUGAUAUGUGAAUGGAAUCCAAAGUACCAAAAAUUCACAUAGCAAGCAUCUUCUAACAUUCUACAUAAUUUACUUAUUUAUUUUUAUAAUUUUUAUAAUUUCUUGUCUGUUUCCCCGGCCCCGCGCCCCCCCCAGGUAUGAUGUAAAGUCCCUGGAGGCAGGGAUUUUGGUUUGCUUGGUUCUUUGAUGUAUCUCCAGCAUCUAGAACAGCUCCUGGAACAAAAAAAGUGCUCAAUAAAUACUUGUUGAAUGAUAAACAGUUGAA